AUGGAUAGACUGGCUAAUUGGACUCAUGAUAUAAACGCAACAACUUCAGCACCUGUUACGGGACAAAACUGUGUGUCAAAUACAUCAAAUGCUGUGAUCCUAGACAAAUUACUGGUCACUGCUCCAUCAUGGAGUUCAGUACAACAAGACUUGACAUGGAUAUUCCUAUUGCACAUUUACGGCUUCGCAUGUCUCUUCUUUAUACUUGGGUUUUAUACCUUCUUCUCUAUUCUAAAUUUAAGGUCUCUCAUAUCAAGCCGGCCGUUUAUGUCGACCAUUAACGUAUUCUUAUGUCUGCUUGGAGUUUCAAGAGCUGCUUGCUUAUUCAUAGACUCGUACAAUCUCAAGGAGACGAUGCCCAAGGUCAUCGGAUUGAUUAUGUGGGACAUCGGAUAUCCGUGCAUAACGUCUGCUUUUUGUCUCAUCCAAUUGGCGUUCCUGCAAUUGACUCAGCUCAAGUUUGGUCCAGAGAGAAUGCAAAAGGAAUCGUGCCUGAGUCUCAUCAUAACAGCUCACUUCUUCUUCAUCAUCGCCAGCGACAUUGUUCUGGUCACUCACAACUGCUACUUGGCGAAAUACGUGUUACAGACGAUAUUUCUCAUGUGCAAUGUUCUCAUAUAUUUGACGUUCUUACAUGCUGGUUACAAGAUCAAUCACUUACUCCGGACUAUGCCGAGCAGUAUGUUGACCCGGGACAACUCCACCGCGCAUCAGAAAGGUAUCAUGCAGCUCGCGAUGCUGGCACCCUACAGCAAUUUAGCGACCUCAGUCGCAGCCGCGCUGGUACCUACUUUAUUCGGCCCUAAGAUCAAAGAUCCGGAGGAAACCGAAGCUACAAACGCGAAUAAAAAUACGGAAGAAGUUUCUCAAGAAUCGCGAGUCACGACUACCGCAAAAGUGUGCAAGAUAGAAGAGCCAGUGCAGAAGGAAGUUUACAACCCUACAAUACCCACGUGCAUCGUACAAUCGCCCUCGCACGAGCAAAAAUCGGCGGUGCCGGAGGUAUACGUGAGACCACCUACACCUACGCCAUCGACCGCCAAUCUGCCAAUCAUAACCGUGUCCAGUCCGAGUCGCAGGAGCUCUGUGGCCAGUCGACGAGGCAGCGACACGUCUGCAAAGUCUUCGCGCCGGAACUCCGAAUGUAGCGUUAGAUUCAUCAAUGAGGAGGAUACGUCCUCGAUGACGGAGUGCAGGCGCACGACGGAGGGCAGCCCACGUCAUAUACCCAGGAUGCGCGACGAAAUCGAAAGGAGUCGUUCGCCCGACAGCAUAUCGCGACGUUACUCGGAAAAUAUCACGCCGACGGGCAGUAUCAGGGAGCUACGCAGAUGCUCCGAUUUCACGCAUGAGAAGAACCGCGGUUCGCAAUUCGCGACCAAGUUGCGGAGGAACAGCGACUUCGGCAACAGGACACCCAGGCGAAUGUUACCGCCCGAUGAGCACUCCAGGUUGCCCAAGGUUCUGGAUCUCAGUCCUACAGGUUCAAGACGUAAUUCCGAUAUCGGUACUUUCGUACAACCUCGAGUUGACUCGCGCAGGAACUCUGAGAGCACUUGCCGACGCAACUCUGAAUUCAUUCAUAUCAAGCCGUUAAUUAUAAACCGUCGCAGUAGCGACAUCAGCAUUCGGACUCUGGACAGGAGUCCCACUCACUUCCAGAGUAUAGUUCCGCCUGUAAAAGUGGAGACACAAGAGAAGUCCGAGUCCGAUUCGGAUCAGCCUGACUGCAGCGAGAAGGCGGCGCUGAUGAACGAGAAGGCUAAGAGUAAGAACGAAGAAACAAAGCUGCGCAAGAAGAAUUUGUCAUGGAAGAAUAUGGAGGAUCCUGAGGACAUCACGGCGGAGACCAAUUUGCUUCCCGAGAACACGUCCAGUGAAGCCAGAGUUGUGGGUACGGAUUUUACUCUUCACUCGAUAUUGAAUCACAUCGCUUACGUGAAUCGAGCCAAAUCCGACACCCCGCUACAUAUACCGGAAGCGAACACCGCGGCUGCCAGAAAGUCUCAGGUGCAGAGAGUAUUGAAUGUCACGUACGCUACUGCGAUUUUGGGGAUUAUCCUAUGCGUCGUGGAUGUCGCUCGUAUUUUUGGACCAUACGGACUUCUCGCCGAGACAGUGCCGUACGGUAUAGAACCAGCGACCAUGCAGUUUCCCAAGCCAUGGCCGUGGCUUUUGUAUCAAACAUUGUGCAGGGCACUAGAACUUGCGAUGGGCUGCGCUAUGGCGAGUAUAACUAAGCAACCAUCAGUAAGUCCGCGGCAUCAGUAUCUCAACAGUUAUCCGAAUUAUUCGGCGCGUGUAAAGCGGGGAAACAAUCUUUACAUAUGAAGCAAUAUACUCUCCGCAGUCAUUUGAUCGUGAUCUGAAGAAUUGAGAUGCCAAACGGGAAUUCUUGAGACUUCUCACGAUUUGAUUCAGUAUUACUGUGCGAGGAAUAAUAUCAUCGGUGUUAGCGCCAUUCUCGCGACGAUUAACCUUUUUGUUUUUUUUUGUUUUUUAUUCUUACGAUAGCUCCUUGAUUAUUUUAGAUAAUGUAAAUCUCCUGAUGUGUGUGAAUGUGAAUGUAUAUCAUGGUCGAUGUCGAAGGAUACCGACCAUGAUAUACAUUCACAUUCGUUGUUCGUUUUAGUAACCAACUUAGUUUUAACUAAAGAGUAUUAUUACAUAUAAAAUAUCAUGUUAUUUUCGUACAUAGUGAUAAUCACGAAUCGGUAACAAUUUCUAUUGAAGAUGUAGUGCGAAUCUGAUAACGCGUUAUACGCGAAAGCAUAGCAAUAGAUC